UUUAGGAUUUAGCAGAGAACACACCCAGUGACAUCAGUGAGGGUCGGAGACAAAAAAUAAAAAAAAAGUCUUAGCAGACGUUGUACGGUUAAGUCAAGGGGGCAGUGGCGCCUUUGCAAGAAGUCCCCCCUCCCCCAAUAUUAUUUAUUAAGCUUUAUUAAGUAGUGUCGGCAUACCUAUAAUUGUAAGGACUUUGCGGUAUUUGGCGGAUAUAACUGGAUCUUCGGCAGAAAUAUGUCAACUUCAGACGAAGCAGACGGGUUCCGGCCACGCUAUGGGUCUGUCCUGGAUGGAGUGGAACGCCUCACCGCAGAGGAGAUGGAUGAGCGGCGACAGCAGAACAUGGCCUACGAGUAUCUCUGCCACCUGGAGGAGGCCAAGCGGUGGAUGGAGGCCUGUCUGAAUGAGGAGCUUCCCCACACCACUGAACUCGAGGAGGGCUUGAGGAAUGGCGUGUACUUGGCCAAGCUGGGCAACUUCUUUGCCCCCAAUGUGGUCUCUCUCAAGAAGAUCUACGACCGCGAGCAGGCGCGCUAUAAGGCCACUGGGCUUCAUUUCAGGCACACCGACAACGUAAUCCAGUGGCUGAACGCUAUGACCGAGAAAGGCCUUCCGAAGAUCUUCUACCCUGAAACUACAGACAUCUAUGACAGGAAGAACAUGCCUCGCUGUAUCUACUGCAUACAUGCGCUCAGUUUGUACCUCUUCAAGCUUGGACUGGCCCCACAGAUCCAGGACCUGUACGGAAAGGUGGAUUUCACAGAGGAGGAAAUCAACAACAUGAAGAGUGAGCUGGAAAAAUAUGGAAUCCAGAUGCCAGCCUUCAGCAAGAUAGGUGGAAUCCUGGCCAAUGAGCUGUCGGUCGAUGAAGCUGCCCUGCAUGCCGCUGUGAUCGCCAUCAACGAGGCCAUUGACCAAGGCAACCCAGAGGGCACCAUGGCCGCCAUGCAGAACCCCAACGCUAUGCUGGUGAACAUGGCUCCGCGUUCAGCCCAGUACUACCAGGACACCCUGUUCCAGGCCAAGGCUGAGAAAGUAGCGAAUUCCAGGAAGCGGAUUGUAGAGAACUCUGAGGUAGAGAGAGAUGUUUAUGAAGAACUUCUGACCCAGGCUGAGAUCCAGGGCAACGUCAACAAAGUCAACUUGGCUAAUGCCCUGACCUCGACGGACCAGGCCUUGCUGAGCGGCGACGAGGACAGGCUGUAUGACGCACUCCGGGCCCAGGCUUUGGGCCUGCGUGACCUGCAGUUGCAAAACAAGAGCUGGUACCUGAAGCAGUUGACGGCAGACCGUGAGUGCAAAGAGCAGAAUACCCCAGGAGAGCCCUUGAUUAAGGAGGAGAUUCAGAACGGAGUGGAUGUCGCGAACGAGAAUGCAGCUGGCUAUCAGAAACUGCUGAAGGCUGUGGAGCGCAUCAAUGCAGCCAUCCGGGCAGGCGUGGCGGAGGAUACCGUGGCCGAGCUGAUGAACCCGGACGCCCAGCUGCCUCAGGUGUACCCCAGCGCGGCAGGGCUCUAUCAGCGGGAGCUGGCCAGUCUGCAGCAGCAGAGCGCCGAGGAAAACCUGAUGCACCCAGAGCUGUCGGUCGCCGUGGAGAUGCUGUCCUCGGUGGUGCUGAUCAACGGGGCGCUGGAUGUGGGGGACCGGCCGGCCGUGUGGAGGCAGCUGGCGAGUCCAGUCACAGGGCUGAGCAACGUGGAGGAUGACUGUGCUCAGAGGUACAUCGAUGAGCUCAUGCGGCUGAAAGUCGCCGGCCGCGAGGAGGGGAACGAGUUCCUGACCUGGAAUGACAUCCAGGCUUGUGUGGACCAGGUCAACAAUGCCGUGCAUGAGGAGCACCAGAGAAUCCUGGCCAUCGGGCAGAUCAACGAGGCCCUGGAUGAAGGCGACGUGCAGAAGACGCUGGCCGCCCUGCAGCACCCGGCUGCCAAGCUGACGGACGUGCGCCCCCCGGUGGCCCAGCACUACUUUGACAAGCUGCUGGAAGCCCGGCGGGAAAAGGCCCACGAGACUCGGGACUCCUCUGCCGUGCUGUGGCUGGAUGAGAUCCAGGAUACUGUGGUGAUCUCCAACCAGGAUACCCAGGAUGCCUUACUGUUUUCUCAGGCUAUUCUGGCCAUCAACAAGGCUGUGGACAGUGGCGAUGCCAGCCAGACAUUGGCAGCCCUGCGUAGUCCCGGUACUGGUCUCUACGGCAUCACCUCUGAGUGCGCCCAGACGUACCAGAACGACCUGGCUAAAGUCAAAGACGCAAAGAAGUCGGAGGGCGACAACGGCAGCGAGUGGGUGAAGCACUGGGUGAAGGGGGGUCACAGUUAUUACUUCAACGUGAAUGACGGUGAGGGUACCUGGGAGGAGCCGGUCAGCUUCAUCCCCAACAACACUCAGCUGAACAAGGAGGACAUCCAGUCUGUGGUGUCUGGUGUGACCUCGGCCUACAACCGCGAGCAGCUGUGGCUGGCUAACGAGAGCCUGAUCGCCAAGCUGCAGGCACGGUGCCGGGGAUACCUGGUCCGGAAAGGCCUGAAGGAGCGACUCGGGUUCCUGAAGACGCAGGACCCUGCCAUCACCCGCAUACAGGCUCACUGGAAAGGCUUCCAGGAACGCAAGCAGUAUCUGAAUGACCACAACGCUGAGGCAGUGAAGAUCCAAUCGAUGGUGAGGAUGCACCAAGCACGCAAGAAGUACAAGGACCGUCUGAAGUAUUUCAAAGACCAUAUGAAUGAUAUUGUGAAGAUCCAGGCCUUCAUCCGAGCCAACAAAGCUAGAGAUGACUACAAAACUCUGAUCAACGCUGAAAAUCCUCCCAUGGCUGUGGUGCGGAAGUUUGUCCACCUGCUGGAUCACAGCGACCAGGACUUUCAGGAGGAGCUGGACCUAAUGAGGAUGAGAGAGGAGGUGAUCACCAACAUCCGCUCCAACCAGCAGCUGGAGAAUGACCUCAACCUCAUGGACAUUAAAAUUGGCCUUCUGGUCAAGAACAAGAUUACCCUGCAAGAGGUAGUCUCUCACAGCACGAAGCUGACAAAGAAGAAUAAGGGUGAACUCUCCAACCUAAUGAUGAUGAACAAACACAAAGGUGGUCUUAAGGCCCUGAGUAAAGAGAAGAGAGACAAGCUAGAGGCCUACCAGAACCUCUUCUACCUGCUACAGACGAAUCCUACAUACCUAGCCAAGCUGAUCUUCCAGAUGCCUCAGAACAAGUCCACUAAGUUCAUGGACUCUGUGAUUUUCACGCUCUACAACUAUGCCUCCAACCAGCGUGAGGAGUACCUUCUGCUUAAACUGUUCAAGACUGCCCUGCAAGAGGAAAUAAAGUCUAAAGUGGACCAGAUUCAGGAAAUUGUUACGGGAAACCCCACUGUAAUCAAGAUGGUGGUGAGCUUCAACAGAGGGGCACGGGGCCAGAAUGCCCUUCGACAGAUCCUGCAGCCAGUGGUGAAGGAAAUCAUGGAUGACAAGACACUGAACAUCAAGACCGACCCAGUAGACAUCUACAAAAGCUGGGUGAAUCAGAUGGAGUCUCAGACUGGUGAGGCCAGUAAGCUGCCGUAUGACGUCACUCCAGAGCAGGCCAUGAGCCACGAGGAGGUCCGAACCCGGCUGGAGGCCUCUAUAAAGAACAUGAGGACAGUCACAGACAAGUUCCUUUCUGCCAUCAUUGUUUCCGUUGACAGCAUCCCGUACGGGAUGCGCUUCAUUGCCAAGGUGCUGAAAGACACGCUGAAUGAGAAGUUCCCGGAUGCCACGGAGGAUGAGCUUCUGAAGAUUAUAGGGAACCUUCUGUAUUACCGCUACAUGAAUCCUGCUAUCGUAGCCCCUGAUGCCUUUGACAUCAUCGAUAUGUCAGCGGGUGGUCAGCUGACCACCGACCAGAGGCGCAACUUGGGCUCCAUCGCCAAAAUGCUGCAGCAUGCAGCAUCCAACAAGAUGUUUCUGGGAGACAAUGCCCACCUGAAUCCCAUAAAUGAGUACCUGAGCAGCUCUUACCAGAAGUUCAGGCGUUACCUGCUUGCUGCCUGUGAUGUCCCUUCCUUGGAGGACAAAUUCAAUGUGGACGAGUAUUCUGACCUUGUUACCCUAACUAAGCCAGUCAUCUACAUAUCCAUUGGGGAGAUUAUCAACACACACACCCUUCUGCUGGACCAUCAGGAUGCCAUUGCACCUGAACACAAUGACCCCAUCCAUGAGCUACUUGAAGACCUAGGAGAAGUUCCCACCAUUGAGUCGCUGAUAGGUGAAAGUCCAUUGCCAUCUGGGGACCCAAACAAAGAGACAAUGGGCAAGACUGAGGUGUCCCUCACCCUCACAAACAAGUUUGAUGUUCCCGGCGAAGAGAAUGCGGAGAUGAACGCCAAGACUCUCUUGCUAAACACUAAACGGCUCAUCGUGGACGUGAUCCGGUUCCAGCCUGGCGAAACACUCACAGAGAUCCUGGAGACCCCAGCCAGCCCGGAGCAGGAAAUGGAAUACCAGCGGGCCAUGCAGCGGCGAGCCAUCCGUGAUGCCAAGACUCCUGAGAAGAUGAAGAAAUCCAAACCGGUGACUGACGACAGCCUCACGCUGCAGGGCAAGAAGGAGAAAAUCCAAACUAACCUGCAGAAGCUCGGGGAGCUAGGCAAGGUUCACCCAGAAAACCGCUACCAGGACCUAAUCAACGACAUCGCAAAGGAUAUCCGGAACCAGCGUCGUUACCGACAACGGAGAAAGGCAGAGCUGGUGAAACUGCAGCAGACUAACGCUGGCCUGAACUCGAAGACUAACUUCUACAAUGUGCAGAUUGACUAUUAUAAUCAGUACAUUAAGACCUGCAUGGACAACCUGGCCAGCAAGGGCAAGGUGUCGAAGAAGCCUGGUGAGGCCAAAGCCAAGAAGAGUAAGCAGGUGUCACAGAAAUACACCGCUGCGCGACUUCACGAGAAAGGGGUUCUGAUUGAGAUCGAGGACCUGCAGACGAACCAGUUUAAGAAUGCUAUCUUUGAGAUCUCCCCAGCAGAGGAGGUGGGAAUUUUCGAAGUAAAGGCCAAGUUCAUGGGAGUCCAUUUGGAGACAUUAAUGCUGGAGUAUCAGGACCUCCUGCAGCUGCAGUACGAAGGUGUGGCAGUAAUGAAGCUCUUCGACCGAGCCACCAUCAAUGUCAACUUGCUCAUUUUCCUGCUCAACAAGAAGUUUUAUGGCAAAUAAAGGAACAGAGACUGUGAGGGAAAGUAAACACUUAAAAAAAAAUCAUAUAUAUGAGAUCCACAUGCAUACUUAAUACUUUUCCCCCUUAAGAUGUGAUUUUUUUUAAUACUCUUUCUGGCAAGGAACCCCACCUCCACCCCACCCCACACACACACAGACAGACAUACACACCAAUUACUCUGCCUCCAUUGUAAGGAUGAUGCACGUGGCUGCAUUAGUGGAGAAUCUGUUGCUUAGUUUUGCUUGCAGUCAAUGCAGAUUGUGCUUCAGCUCCCCUCCUAGAGAGUCAAUGCGACGAGCUGUCAUGUAGUUAGUCGCUGAAUGGUUCCUCUCCUGCAGAUGAGUUUACCAGUUUCUUGUGGUCUUUAAGUUGAGUCUGAUCAUGAUCUAGUACCAACUGUAUGAUUGUAUGUGGCCUUGGGGGUGGGUGGCACUGGGCAUGCAUAUGGAAAUAGGUUAUACAUGUGUCUCUUUAACAUCGAACAAGCUCUGCUUGUGGCGUUGACUAUGUUUAUGGGUGACACUGUUCUUUUCUUUGUUGAAUGAAAUUACCCUUCUGUUUGUGGAAUUUCUAAAAAUGAAACACUGCUUUUGUUUUAUGAUUGGCCCUCCCCAUUCUGACCCUGUCACCAUUUCACUGUCUGAGGUUGUCACAGUGGGGAGGUCUCGCCUCUGAAACACAGCGCAAACUACAGCAUCAUUGCAACUGCAGUGUGGAAAGGAACUAGCAAAAGUGUAAAAUGAAAGAUUGUUUUGGCAUUUGGUUUAACAGACUAUUUAAAUGGUUGAUCCAGAAUCUACAUUUCAUUUAUGGGCAGUGAAGAUUGAAUCGAGGCAGAUGUUUCUUCAAAGAUAUUGUUUUGCUUAACGUUACGUAUUCCUAAUUUUAUAACAGGGUAGUUUGAACUUGCAUGAACAGACGCCGGUAUAUUUGCUGCCAUUAAAGGGACCCGCUCACAAGUAGCUGGAUAAACACUGGACCGUGGCUGGAUAUGGAGGUCUGUCAGUUGUUAUUCUGCAGGACGUUUGCAAAGAGGUCCCUUCCGACGUGUAAAUCUUCUAAUUCAUCUCACAAGUCAAGCUAACUGAAAAGUUGCCGGCAACUAGUCGGGGCUGGGGGAAUAUUGUUUUAUAAUUUUGCUGUCUCCGCUUGAAGACCGUUCUCACUUGGUUGCCAAAUGCACUUAGUGUUCUCCUUGAUUCAUGCUUGAAGAAAUUAAAUUUGCUUUAAUAGGAUGUAUUUAUUCUUAAACUUUUACGUGCGUUUGCGCUGUGUUUCAGCCUCUAUACGCGGCAUGUCUUGGUAUAAAUGUAUUUUCAAAAUAAUGCUAUAAAUGUACCGAAUAAAAUAUAGUACUGAAAUGAA